GCAGCAUUGGUGGGUGGGCACAGGUGGGUGGCACUGGUGGGCACAAGUGGGUGGGUGCCACUGCUGGGCACAUGUAGGUGGCACUUCUGGGCACAGGUAGGUGGCACUGCAGAGCGGCACAGGUGGGUGCACUGCUGGGCACAGGUGGGUGCACUGCUGGGCACAGGUGGGCGGAGCUAUAGUGGGCGCACUGCUGUGCGGAACUUGCGGGUGGCACUGCUGGGCACCGAUCAUCAGGGCACUGAUCAUCAGUGCCCUGAUGAUCGCGUGUCAUUGGACACCGCUAAUCAGGUGGUAAAAGGCCGCUGUGAUUGG